AUGGAGGAGGAGGACGAGGAGGACGAGGAGGGCGACGAGGAGGAGGAGGAGGAGGAGGAGGACGAUGACGAGGAGGGCGACGAGGAGGAAAAGGAGGACGAGGAGGGCGACGAGGACGAGGACGAGGACGAGGACGAGCAAGUCAAAGAAAAGGUUGCAGCCAACAUCAUCGUCGGGAUAUUGAUCAUACUGUUUGCAUUGACGUUUGACGCUGUGAGUGCUCCCAUUCUUGGUGUUUUCAAAGGAUCUGCUCGAAUCUUCGCUGCUACUUCAACGUACUUCCGCAAGAUCUUCGGAAAGUCUGCGGCCCUGCAGGCAGCGAACAAGAAGGACGAUGAUGCGAAGGCUCCUCCUCAGCUGUCGGAAGAGAUCAAGGAAGAAGUCGCCAAGCUGGUCCGCACGAUGAUGACAAGGGCGGGGAGCGAGAAUGCCGCAGAGAAUGCUCGGAAUGACCUGCCCCCGAGCUCCGCGACGCAGCAGCCGAACGAUCUGAACGAGGAGUUGAAGUCGAGUUACAACAGGUUGAGGGCAGAGAUUGCAGCAGCCAAGCAAGAGAGCUUGGAAUUGCAAAACCUGAGGACGGAGGUCGAGAUGUCGUUGCAGAGUUUGCGGAUUGAGAUCGAGCAAGCUGCCGACGCCAAGAACAGGAGCGUCACUCAUUUUCGAAAGGAGCUGGAGAGUACAAACUUGUCAAUCGCAAGAUUUGAGAAUGAGAUCCAGAGGAUGGACACGUUGAUACAAUCCGAGAGAGGGAAUUCUGAGGAAUUGAAGAAGAAAAGUGAAGAUCUCGACAAUCAGCUCAGAGAUCUGAGAGCUCAGCAUGUCUGUCUGCCUGCUGUGAUCAUGUUUGUUCCUCACUACAUUCUCCAACAGGACCUUCUGGGCCUCGAAGUUGGUCAUGUCAGAAACCAACUGAGCAAACCUGUCAAGGAAGUAUCGUUCCACCAUACGGCUGUUGACAAGAUGGAAGUGGACAAGCUGAGAGAGAGGAUGGAAGGUUUUGAAACACAACUGAUGAGCCUGGGCGAGAGAAGAACGAGGGAGGAGUCAACAAUAGCAGACACAACAACUUGUGAAAGGACGAAUCACGAACUCAGCAGCGAUCUGGAUGCAAGGGCAGCCCAACUCACCAAGACAGCUUCAGAGGUGCUGGGUGCAAAGAAAAUGAUCGAGUUGUUGCACACGGAGUACAAGCAAGAAAAGAUCGCCAUCGAGACAAGAAUUAAGCAGAUGGAUGAGAAAGUCGAACAGGUUUCUUCUUCCAACCUCGAGGCGCUGGCAGCUCUUGAAGCGAUUCGAUACAAGUACAACGAGUUUCUGACGCUCUCCAACGAGCUGAACGCGAUGAAAGACGAAGUUGAUUGCCCUUGA